AUUUUAUUUUAUAAUAAAUGAUGAAGAGAGUAAUAACAAUAACUAUUUGCACAAAAAGAAACCCAUCUCCCCUAGUUUCUACUCUCUACUCCCUCUGAUUGCGAAUACAAACAAGUCAUCGCUUACUUCUUCAAAACACUUCACGCUAUUCCCCUUCUUCUCCGAUCCACGUAACUGUUUCUUCUCUUCCCCAAACAAACUAGGGUUUCAUCCAAUCAUGAACUGUGAAGUUUUCCAGCUCAACGAACUCGAAAUCGAACACUUUGAGAUACGCGAAGUUUUACGAUGCAUAUUGCACACGAUCAUUUUUCAUCGGGCGCUAGGUCUUGUGCGUCCUAAAGAUGUAGACUUGGAGCUCUUUGACAUUACCUAUGUUCAAUGUGGAGAGGUCGAGGUUGAAAUGAAAAUAGAAGAGAAAAUUGAGCAGUUUAUUUGUUGGGUGGAGAAACAUCCUAACAAAAAGAGUCAGAUAUGCUUAUCUUUCUAUGAGGUUAAAAACAAACAGGCAUCUUGGUUCAGUAACAGGAUUGAGCGUUUGUAUUGGGAGCAAUGGUAUAUUAAUCUGAAUGUAGCCCAGCAUCUGAAAUCGCAUUCAAGCAAGUCUCAUCAUUCUAAAGUUGCUGAUCCCAGAGAGGGAGCAUUGGAGGAUAGAAAUGCUCGAAGUGCAGCACUUGAAGUAUCGCUACGCGAUGUUUUGCUUCAAAUAAUUAAAUUCGUCAAUGAGAAAAAGGAUCAUGUUCCACCAAUACCUAAUCUGGAGGGUGCUAUUUCGUUUCCCUAUGAAAUUACAAUACCUAGUUCAUCCGAUUCUGCAUUUGGGAUGGACAUUAUCAAGAGAAUGCUACAAACUGGGCAUCCAACAAUGCUAAGUUGACCUUCAGAGUUGCAGUUUAUGAGAUUUAGUGUAUGUUUGAUUUCAGUUGGUAAAAACAAAACAAAAGUGAUUUUAAAAGUAUAGAAUUGAUUUUGACAUAUUUGAUUUUCAUAUAGUACAAUUGAUUUUGCCAUCAGAAUUGAUUUUGCCAUCA